AUGAUAAGGUGCGACGUCAUCAGACUGAAUGAGAUGAGAAGAUGCCUCCUAUUCAACGCCGUCUAUGGCACCGUAGAAGAACUUUUCCUCGGAACAUGCGGCAUUGGAGGAGUUGGCGGCGUCGGCGUUGUCGUCAACACGAGUUUAUCCAUGAAUGUCGAUUCAUUCGAACAGUUAGCAACUCGAGUCGGACGUUUACGGUUGAAGAGACCGUGCUGUCUCUGA